CCAAGUACCCAAGAAGCUUUCCCAUCUUCUCGCGGCUCCCAAAGAAGGGGCUUUUUAUUUCCCACCACUUCCAAACCCGCUGUAAAUAGUGGCUCCCCGGGAUUCCGAUCAAGAUGGAGCUGCAGCAGCUGUUGAGCAUGGGCUUCUCCAACGACUUGGCGUCUCAAGCUCUCGCCGCCACUGGUGGCAAAUCCACUGCCCUCGCCACCGAAUGGAUUCUCACCCACAAAUCCAACUCCAACGAUCCAAACCCAAACCCUACCUCCAAUCCCGUCCAACCCAAACUCGACCGCUUCUUCCACUCCCAAUCCGAACCUCCAUCAUCAUCAAAACAACAAAAUUCUCACAAAGAAGAAGUAGAAGACAAUGAGUCGCUUCCUAGAAAGCGCCUCAAACUAUCACCGCCGCCGCCGCAUGCGCCGUUAUCGGAGCGAAUGCGGCCGCGUACCAUCGACGACGUGGUGGGGCAGGACCACCUUCUCUCCAGGAGCUCCAUUAUCCGGUCGGCAAUCGACUGCAACCGCCUUCCUUCUAUUAUUCUCUGGGGUCCACCCGGUACCGGCAAGACCUCGAUUGCAAGAGCCAUCGUGAACUCUUCUUCUUCUUCCGCAAAUUCCUACGUAUUCGUGUCUUUGUCGGCUGUGACUUCUGGCGUUAAGGACGUGCGGGACGCCGUCGAAGAAGCCAGGAGAGUGAAGCUGAAGAGCCGAAAAAGAACGGUUCUUUUCGUGGACGAGGUUCACCGGUUCAACAAGUCGCAGCAGGACUCGUUCUUGCCGGUGAUCGAGGACGGGAGCAUCGUGUUCUUCGGCGCCACCACCGAGAACCCGUCUUUCCACUUGAUCACGCCGUUGUUGUCUCGCUGUAGGGUCCUUACGCUGAACCCCCUUAGUCCCGAUCAUGUUUCGGCCAUCCUCCACCGCGCCGCAUCUGAUUCCGAGCGGGGUGUGUCUCAGAGCGUGGCCGGGGCGAGGGAGGUCGUCGUAGACGACAAGGCUAUUGAAUUCCUGUCGUCCCAGUGCGAUGGUGACGCCAGAGUGGCCUUAAAUGCCCUCGAAAUAUCCGCGACCACAGCUGCUGCGCGAUCAGAUGAAUUGGUGGCUCGAAUUAGCCUGGAAGAUGCCAAAGAGGCACUUCAAUCCAAGCACAUUGCUUAUGACAAAGCAGGGGAGGAGCAUUAUAAUCUGAUUAGUGCAUUGCAUAAGUCUAUGAGGGGGAGUGAUGCUGAUGCUGCCAUUUACUGGCUGGCACGGAUGUUGGAAGGAGGGGAACAGCCUCUAUACAUUGCUCGCCGGCUCAUUAGGUUUGCAAGUGAGGAUGUGGGUUUGGCUGACCCCUCCGCUCUCAUGCAGGCUGUAGCUUGUUAUCAAGCUUGCCAUUUUAUCGGUAUGCCUGAGUGCAAUGUUAAUCUUGCUCAGUGUGUUGCUUAUUUGGCUUUGGCCCCCAAGUCAGUGUCUGUUUACCGGGCAAUUGAGGCUGCACAGAAGGUAGUGAGUGAAUCGGUUGGCCAGAAUGAAGGAGUGCCUCUGCAUCUAAGGAAUGCACCGACUAAGCUAAUGAAGGAACUUGGAUAUGGGAAGGGCUAUAUCUACCCUCCUGACAAUCCUGACUCAUCAUCACAGUCCUAUUUGCCACCAUCCCUUCAAGGUUAUAAGUUCCUCCAUUUGCCGGGGGCCCCUGACAAUAAUGGAUGAUGAUGCAGUUAAGAGACAUACUUUUGGAACUUCUGAAGAUAGUAAAUUAUAAGACUUGCGGAUGCCAGAGAAGGUGAAGAGCAAAUACUGUCCAUCCUGUUGCUAGAAAAUACGUAGAUGAUGCUUUGUUUCAAUCACGUUGGUUUUGAGAAAGGUGGGAGAAUUCCUGGAAGUUAUUUUGUCCAUAGUCUUGGGCUACUUUGUAUUUUGAAACCCUCCAAAGCAUUAGAAUGAAGGGAGCGAAUGGAGGAUUAACUACAACGAGCUCUCUGAAAUUUCAUAGCAAUGUGAACAGCUGAGCUGUGCUGGUUAAUUGGCCUAUAUGUUGCAUUUUGCAGCCAGUUUAGCUUGAAAUCUUGAGAAAUCUUUAUUUGAUAAUUAAGCCUACGUUCGUCUUGGAUAUUUUAACUGGGAUUAUCCCGGAGUGAUAGCAGCCCACCACUGCAGCGAAGUCAUGUGGCUUGUGACGGCAUUCAUCUUUCACAAGGUUUGUUUACAUACUCAUUUUUUUCCUUUUUAUUUUUUCCUUAGUUGAUUACCCGUUUCAUGUUAGUGAAAAAUGUUGAAAUGAUUCCACCAAGCCUUGAUUCUAAGUGGGGAAAAGCAACUGGAUCAGGGAUUUCACUAUGGUCUCUCUUCUCCGAUACUGUGAUGUUCUUGUAAGUUAUGAAUGUACGAUAGAUCAUUCCAUGUUAGCGAAUGUACCUGUCUUCGUUUCAUAUUUUUGAUUCACCGUGCCGAGUUUCUCAUCUGUAAAGAUUCCUGGAUUUCUGGGUAUCUGAUAUUUGUCUUUAAUAGGUGUCGUCACCAAUUGACUGCACAAAGCCUUUGUGAAAACUCUAAAGCUUACUACGGCUUUGGAGAAGAUGUGUUGAAAAUAUGUAAUCUUGCAUGAUUAUCUAGUAUUCUUGGAUCA